AGCUGUAUAAAUCAGUUUUUACUUGGCGGUUGGUCGACUCAAUAAGGAUCAUUAUUUAUAUAAUCUGGCCAAAAUCAGAAUUAAACUGUAAGUUGGACUCUAUAAACAGACAGAAAAUAUGCAGACAGCAAACUAUUGUAACAAUCAGCAUGAAGUACCAUCAGCCUAUAAAAAUUUGAACAAAGUACAUUUAUGAAGUAGGUCUAAAAUGAAGUAUGUUGUCAUUUUCAUAUUAAGUAUUUUGUUACUUGCCAAUGGAUACUUUAGAAUUCCAAAUGAACUCUCAACCAAAACAUUCAACCAAGAUGGUGAUUUACUGCUAGCGGCACCAUUUAGUAUAUCAGGCCCAGGUUACGGUAGAGAAACACUUUGUAGUGAUUCAUUUUACUACAUUGUAUCAAUGCAGUAUGUCGAAGCAGUUGCUUUUGCAGUGAAUGCGAUUAAUGAAAGGAGUGAUAUUUUGCCAAAUGUAACUUUGGGAUUCGAUGCAUUUGACAUAUGUUUACGGACAUCUGCCAGUCUCGCAGGCAUGCUUCAUUUUAUACCAAUGCUUGAAGAAUCAAAGAAAUGUAAGGGCAUUCCACAAGAUGUUAAAUCCCGCUUCAAAGAAACUAUUGGACUGGUGACACAGAUUGGAAGCCAAAGAAAUCAACUGAUAGCCAACUUUUUAAACAUUUUCUCGAUUCCACAGAUUGCAUCUGUGUCUACAAGCGAUAUACUCAGCAACAAAGAUGACUAUCCAUACUUCAGCAGGGUGGUACCACCAGAUAGGUUCCAGGCCCAAACCAUGGUAGACUUAAUGUUACACUUCAACUGGAGCUAUUAUUCUAUGGUUUACUCUGAAGGCGCAUACGGAGCCAAUGGUAUGUCUCAAGUGAAACGAAUUGCAAAAUCUAAGGGUUUGUGUAAUGCUUAUCUUGGUAGUGUCCCCUUUGAUUUGGGCGACGAAUCAAUAUAUGUUGAAAUAAUACAAAACUUGAGGCGUAAUAAAAAGGCAAAGGUAGUUGUUUUGUUCUUAGAGCCAAUACACAUUGAGAAACUUUUGGCUUCAAUUGAUAAAUAUAACGCUGCAAGGGAAUUCAUAUGGAUUGGGUCAGACACAUUCGAAGAGCCAGAUGUGGAAAAUAUUCCAAAGACCCUGCAUGGAGCUUUUUCAGUGCAACUCACAUCCAAAUAUGACAAAGCCUUCAUAGAACAUUAUCGUACCCUGACUCCUUGGAAUAAUCCAAAUAACCCAUGGUUUUCAGAAUAUUGGACGCUGGCAUUCAAUUGCACAUGGGAAACUAAUAGCACUGACCCCAGACCACCAUGUGACACUUUUAAAUCUCUCACAGAGUCAAAGAAGCAUAAGGAUUCCCCUUGGAUUUCUCUGCUUUUGGAUACAGUGUAUGCAUUUGGAUAUGCAUUGGAUAAUCUUAUCCAAAAUAAUUGUCAAGACCAUGUUGGUGAAAAAACGGCAAUGUUAAGAUGUGUCCAGAGUGUUGGCCUCACUUCAUAUAUUCGGCAGGUGCAGUUUGAAGGUAGCUCUGGUCCAAUAUCAUUUGAUGAAAACGGCGAUGCAUUUGGAGGCUACACAAUCAAACAUUUCAUACCAAGUGAUUUAGGUUAUGCUUCAAUUCAAGUUGGGUCUUGGAAUCGGUCAACUGAAUCACUCAAGCUUAACGAAAGUGACAUAUACUGGAAUACUAAUGACACUAUACCACUGUCCAAAUGUAGCGAAGAAUGCAGUCUGGGAGAAAUCAGAAUUCAACUUGAAUUGCCCUGUUGCUGGGACUGUUUUAAAUGUCAUGCUAACGACAUUGUCAUCAAUGGGUCAGUAUGCAUGAAAUGUCCAAUGUUGACAUGGCCUGAUGAAAGAACUGCUACAGAUUGUGAACUCAUAGA